UCAUAAAUGUCUUUAGCCUAAAUAAAUAUUAAAAUAAAUACAAUAAUGCCUCAGGAAUUUGAUUCAAAAGUUAGUAUGCACUUGGACAUUAAUCAUGGGCUAGAUCGUGUUACAGAGUUGGUACAAACACGUCUAAUUGAAAGUGGGUGGCGAGAUCAGGUUAAGCUUGCAUGCAGAAAAGCCAUAUUGGAAAGUGGAGAUAAACAUGUUCCAACUGCAGAUGAACUAAUUGCUCAAAUAACCCCCAAAGCCCGGUCAAUGGUACCGGACGCAGUCAAAAGAGAACUUUUGCAUGAAUUAGAGAUAAUUUUGAUAAACCUUGACAAGACAGGGUACAAUAAGGGGUUUUAAGUAUUGUGAAUUUAAUGUGAUUAAACUUUAUGCUGGUUUGUAGGAUCGUUAAUCUAUAAUAUGAAUAAUUAAUAAUAAAAGUAAUUGGUUAGAAAUUAUAUAUAGUAAUUUAAUAAAAAAUCAUGUAUUCUUUUCUAGAUUAAAAUAAUUUUCUUUAUACACUUGUGUGAGAUUCUGUAAAAAAUAAAACAUUUAUCACAAUUAUUAUAGUUAUUAAUUUUCCAUUAAAUGGCCUUCAUAAUUCAUCUUUUUGCAGGUUACAUAUACAUUCUUCAAUCUUUUUUUGGCUAAUCAUUUCCAUCCCCUCUAAAAU